GAAGUGUGGAGCUAACAUUUUGAAUGCUGUAGAUAACUAUGCAGUUUUAUGUUUGGACAUUGUGUGGUGUUACCUGUGUUUACAGAAUGUAGAAGAACUGCCAGAUGCAGACCAACGACUGAGGUCCAGUGAGGAAUGCUUUAUAAGAAGUUAUGGAGCCAACUUAGAAAGAGUGGCUGCUGUCAAGGGGGAGUCAGGAACACAGUUAGCUUUGUACAUGAAACUACAUCUUCUACAAGGCAUCGUGGCUUUCCACCAUCACAGGAUAGCAGAGGCACACUCAUUGCUUAGAAAGGCUGAAGAAGAACUGAACAGGCUUAAAGUUGAUGAAAACAAACUUUCACAAGUUAUGAUGAUGGGAUUUGAUGAACGAGAGGGUCGUCUUGGAUUAAGAGCUACUAAUGGAGACGUCACCAAAGCAAUACAGCAUAUUAUUGAAAAACGGAAGGAGAAAGAAGAGAUUGAGAAGAAAGUUAAAGAGGAGCGAAGAAUGAAGAAAAUUCAGAAAGAUUUGGGAGAAACAGCCUCAGGGAAAAGGGUAAAUGUAUCCCUGUAUGAAAACCUGGUCAGCAUGGGGUAUGGUAAAGGAGCUGCAGCAGCAGCACUCAGACAGACAGACAACGAUCUGAACCAGGCCUUAGAGGUUCUACAGUUACAUCCUGAGCUUUUACAUCUACCAGAUCCAGAAAAGAAAUCAAUCCGCAUCACAGACGACAUGAUUGCUCAGGUGGUGGCAAUGGGAUUUGACCCUGUUAUGGCCAACAGAGCCUUACAGCUAUUUAGUGGAAAUGUACAGAAAGCCCUUGAGGAAUUGAUACAGAGAGGGGGUCUGUUACCUUCAUCAUCAGACGAGAGUUCCUCUAGCAGUUCAAGUAGUUCCCCUGAAUCUGAGGCUGGACCAUCCCACAGGACUUCUGAGGAGGAGAGGAGGACCAUAGAGGACCUCGUGUCUGACCUCCCGAAGGAUGAGGAGGAUUACCUGGACCUCACACUGCAGGAGGAGGCCCAGUACCUCGAGGAGUACCUAGCCAAAGUCCACAGUGUCAUGUCUAACACAUAAAGCCCAGUGCCUCAAGGAGCACCUAGCCAAUGAGUCAUGCCUUACAAUAACUCUUUAGGAUGUAUUCUGCUGAUUUAGCCUGGUUCCUUGGUCUUGAUUUGUUUUGUUUACUCUGUGAUACUAGGAACAUAUGGACUAAUAAUUAAUUCAGGGUGUUUCUGUCCUGAAUCUAUUGCCCAUUGCUACGCGGUAUUGAGAUGACAAUUUGUAGACGUUCAUUGUGACAUCAUAUUUUUCUAAGCCAUCAACGUAAUCAGUUGUGACAAUAAUAUUCAUUUCCUCGGUUAAUUGCAAUAGCCCAAAAAUCCACAAUUUAACACAAAUUUUGGUGACCAAUCGGGAGACUGCUUCAAUUUUAAUAUACCUGGCUCUCCUGUCUUGGCAAGGAUGAGCUAAGUAAGCGGGCUAAAUUUUAAUCUACCUGGCUUUCCUGUCUUGGCAAGGAUGAACUAGGUAAACUGGCUAAAUUUUAAUCUGCCCAGCUCUCCUGUCUUGGCAAGGAUGAGCUAGGUAAGUGGGCUAUCUGCUGAUACUGCUGUGGUGACAGCCAUUUUUACGGAACUCCUCUGGUUUUAUCCAUCAAACUAUACAUUUUUUUCCCACUAACCCUUUAUUAUCUAAAAUUUUGAAUCCUUGAUAUCAUUAAAAAAAAUAUGAAGAAAAGUUUAAUUCCAGAUCAUAACUUUUCAGAGAAGGAAUUUUUUUUAUUUUUUAUGAAAAAUUCCAAGAAGGCAAGUUAUCUCAGCAGAAUACAUCCUUCAUGUCUAUUAUAGAAUGUGGUGUACAUGAUAUUUGGAGGGAUAACUGUUAUAAUUGUUCCAAGUGUAUUUAAAAUUUUAAACAGUGUUUUGUCUUUUGAUACAAGAAAAUGAAUCUCUACAAAAUUUGAGAUGCAGGUUCUUUUGUAUUUAGUAAAAAGUGCCUUGUGUAAUUUUAAGAAGUCUUGAUAUGAAAUUUAUGUAAAAUUAUAAAAUAUCUACCUCUUAUAUUCUGAUGUGAACUAUAUAUAGUUACAAACAUAUUUUUGAGAAACACUUCAUCCAUUCUUGCUUUCAGUAACCUUACUGUAGAUCACUUAAUUUUCGCGACACCUUAUUUUCGCGAGAUAGUCAUUGACUCUUGAUUAGCAAGACAAAAUUUUCACGAAUUGUGGUUAUUACUCUAUAUAAUCAUAAGGAAUGCUAUAAUACGCGAGAAUUAAAUUUUCGCGAGCACACUGUCUCGCGUAAUUACGCGAAAAUAAAGUUCUCGCGAAUAAAUAGUGAUUUACAGUAUAUACAGCCCAAUUUGGUUCUUUUUGACAUUAUGAUUACAAUGAAUUUUGGUGUGGCAGCUUUUGCCUUUUGGAGUACAGUGUA